CGUGAAUGAUUACUGAUAAGAAAAGUGUAAUACAUUUUUUGAGUUUUUCAAAUGAUAAGUCGUAUUUUUCGUAAUUAAAUGCAUUAAUUAUGGCUUUAGUCGUUUCCUAAACAUAUUUUCGGCAUUUUAAACCGAAAAAUUAUACUAUUUUGUGUUGUAAUGAAACGUUCGUUCUAUCUACCUCUGAAAGUAGUCAUAUUCAGUUUCAAUACUUUUCGAAUAAAUAUUCCAACGGUAUCCGCGUUCGUUCAUAAAAAUCAACAUACAAAUGGAUAAUUCAGCUAACGAAAGCUCAGACGAUGAGAAAAAGAUAAUGAAUUCAUCGUGGAAAAGGAUGCAGAACAUGCAUCUCACAGAUGGUUUUCGCGAAGGUGCAAUCGCAGGAAAAGAUAAACAGUAUCAAUUGAGUUUCGACGACGGAUACACCACAGCUUUUCAAAAAUCGUUCGAAGUGGGAUAUAGUAGCGGUGUAGAAAGGAUCCAGUUAUUCCUUCUAAAGAAAGAUCGCAAAUCUAGUUCGAUGCACAAGCUGCAAUCUUCAUUGGAUGGUUUAUGUGCUACUUGUAAUGCCAAAUGAGAUGUGCUGAGCACCAAAUAGAUAUUUAGUAAUUACACCAAAUGUUAUACCAUAUCACCUAUUUAGCACUGAAAUGUAAUGAAUUGAGAUCGAAGUAAAUUAUUAUUGAUGGAGUGUUA